AUGGCGCUCCAUCUUUCAUCGUUAAAUGGUAUCUGUGCCAGCUACCUAGUCGCAUCCGGUGACAGCUGUUCAGCCAUUGCAGCUAGUCACAGCAUUACAGUAGAUAAUAUCAAUUAUUAUAAUAAUGAGACCUGGGGCUGGAUGGGCUGCUCAGAUCUUCAAAUUGGUAAUUACAUCUGCCUAAGCACAGGGAAUCCGCCGUUGCCUGCCCCUGUUGCUAAUGCAUGUGGCACUACGGCUGAGUUUUGUACUCAAAGCGACUCUGCCACUGGAGCUCCUGGGACAACCGCUCCUGAGCAAGAUGGCUGGAUCGCCAACUGCGGAACAGAAAUCUUAUCCUACAAUUUUUCAAUAAACGUCACGCACAUUCAAGAUCAAUUUAACGCAUUCAUCGGUAUGACUGGAAUUCAGAGAAUCAUAAGUUUUGGUGGAUGGGAAUUCUCGACCAGUUCUGCGACCUUUGAAAUCUUUCGUGAGGCGGUCCAGCUAGCCAACCGCGCAAACUUUACAAACAAUCAAUAUCCUGGUGAGCCUGAUACUCCAGGUAUCCCUGCAUCUACAAAGGAAGACGUGAGCAACUUUGUUGAGUUCAUGGCGGCGCUGAAGAGAAAUGUCACCAGCUUUGCACCUGGGAAGAUACUCUCAAUAACAGCCCCAGCUUCAUACUGGUAUUUGAAAGAUAUCCCAAUUACUUCUGUUGCCGGUGCAGUUGACUACAUUGUUUAUAAGACAUAUGAUCUUCAUGGACAGUGGGACUAUGGAAAUGCAUAUUCUGACCCUGGCUGUCCGGCUGGAAAUUGCUUGCGAUCGCAUGGCAAUUUAACGGAGACGCUUAAUGCACUAUCAAUGAUCACCAAAGCUGGCAUCCCAUCCGUACACGUAGUGAUAGGCGUGACUAGCUAUGGCCGUUCCUUCCAGAUGACAACAGAGGGCUGUUACACGGAAAUGUGCAUACCCUGUUUCUCCACUAAAAAGGGCAGAAGAUCAUAUAUCAGUAUAUUUGUUGUGUCAUGGUAUCCUCGUUGA